AAAAAAUGGAAAGACAAAAAGGAAACAAGGGUACAAGAGUAAAUUCACAACUGUCAAGAGCUUUUUAGUACCACUUCAUAAACCCGCCUUCGGCAGUGGUAAUAGGGGUUUUGUUCCUCUUCUUCUUAAAUUGACAAACACAGAGUGGUGAAAGGAAGAAUUUGCGGUAACGAGAAACAGAGAAGUGGGAAGGCUUGACAAUGGUGAGACUAACAGCCGACCUCAUCUGGAAAAGCCCUCAUUUUUUCAAUGCUCUUCGCGAGCGCGAGCUGGAUCUUCGAGGGAACAAAAUUCCUGUUAUUGAAAACCUGGGUGCCACUGAGGAUCAAUUUGACACCAUUGACUUGUCUGAUAAUGAGAUAGUUAAGCUUGAAAACUUUCCUUAUCUCAAUCGGCUGGGAACCAUCUUAUUGAACAACAAUAGGAUUACUCGAAUCAAUCCAAACAUUGGAGAGCUUUUGCCCAAAUUGCAUACGUUGGUUCUCACUAACAACAGGCUUACCAACUUGGUUGAGAUUGAUCCACUGGCUACGCUCCCCAAACUUCAGUUCCUUAGCUUGCUAGACAACAAUAUAACAAAGAAACCCAAUUAUCGGUUAUAUGUCAUUCACAAACUUAAGUCUUUGCGUGUGCUGGACUUCCGGAAGGUGAAACAAAAGGAGCGACUUGAAGCAAGUAGUUUGUUUGCAUCUGAAGAAGCGGAAGAAGAAGCGAAAGUGGUAUCCGCAAAGACAUUUGUGCCUGGUGAAAUUCCUGCUGCCCCAGAGGAGAUGAAGGAGGAGGAAGCACCUAAGCCUGUUGCUCCUACACCAGAACAAAUUUUAGCUAUAAAGGCUGCAAUUGUGAACUCCCAAACUCUAGAAGAGGUGGCAAGGCUUGAACAGGCCUUGAAGUCUGGCCAGAUUCCUGCUGAUUUGAACAUCCCUGGCUUCGAUGCAACAGAUAAAACAGAUGGUGCUGAUGAGGACAAAAUGGUUACAGAUGUUGAGGAGCAAACAAAUAACAAGGCAAGCAAUAUUGAAUCUGAUCAAAACAAUGACGCCCCCGAAGCAAUGGAGCAGGUCUAGCAAAGAUUGCUUCAAACUUUUGCCUGUGUUUCGCUUGUCAUAUUCUGGUCCUGUAUUUGUGUUUUGCUAGACUUCUUCCUCAGUUUCCGUGAACUAUUUUGUAUGAUUGCGGUUCACCUACACCAUUUGGGUUGACGUAUCAAUGCUCGUUUUUAAAUUUUCAGGAGUAGAGGGGGUGGUAUUGGUUAAUUUCAAGUUUGUUGGACGCUGGAGAGAAGUAAACCCCCGUGGAAGAUGUUGGGUUCCUGUCUGGAAGAGAGAUUUGCUGUAACACAGAUUUUAUUAACCUUUCUAGUGAAGGCUGUCUAAUGUGUUUUUUUCGAAAACGAGGCUGUCUAAUGUGAUCAUCAACAUAAUCUGUACCUCUGGAUGUUUUGUUAUUAUUAUUUGUACUACAUUUGAGGUAAAUUUGGUUACAGAGGAUGAUUAGUUCAGAAACCUUUAGCCACACAAAUCGUGAAUGUAAUUUUGGCAUCAGAUUUAUCAUUUCUAGCAUCUAAAAGAGGAAGAAACUAGAUAAAAAGGAUCAUCAAUUAGUCUUUUCCUCAGAG